AAUAGUAACACUUCCGGCUUUCUUCCGUAGCCUCACUGUGAACGUAGCAUAGCUUUGUCCCUGCCCCACGGGGUGACGCACAGGCGUCAUCGGCGGCGGCGGCAGCGCAGACGUUAAAGAAACAGCACAGAGCAUCUUAUUGUUUAAGGAUAAUUGUCAACCGCAGCCAGCGCGAAAACGCUUCUGCUAUUGUUAAUGAAGCUGCUGCUGCUGCUGCUGCUGUUGAAGCUACCGAGGCUAAUAUUGCUGCUGAGGUUUUAGCGAGUGUCAGACAUGAUCAGCUGAUGUCUGAGCCUGAACAGCGCUUGUUUGCGCUCAUCCAUCAAUAUUAUUAUCUUCAUCAGUGGACUCCCCCGCUGCUGCAGCCGCAGUUAUUUCUACGCCUUGUUGCCCCAAUGGCAUCCGUGUCCAAGGUCUCCAUUUUGGAUUACUUUAACAUCGUGUUCGAGGGUGAAAAUGGUAAAAUCGAGUCCAACUGUAAAGCUUGCGGGACCAGGAUCCAGGCCAAGCGCAGUGUCACCUCCAAUUUCGUCACACACUUGAAGAGAAAACAUCAGGCCAUGUACAAUGACUUUGUGAAGAGGAAAGACAUGAAGAGAGAGGGUUACUUUUCUGCUCCUCUGCACACUUUCACCCACUCCAAUGGAGGAACUCCUUGUUCAAAUGCACCCAUCAACUCUGGAGGAGGUGCAGGAGGAGAGGGAACAGGAGGAGAAAGAUGUGCCGUAAUGUCCCUUACUCUGGAUGGAGGAGGUGCAGGCUCCGGAGGAAGCGUUGCCAAGUUUGACAAACAUGACCCUCGUCAGGUCCUGAUUUCCGAGGCAAUAGCAAAGAUGAUCGUGGUGGAUCUGCAGCCGAUGUCCAUCGUGGAAAACCAAGGUUUUAGGGAACUGUUGCACUUCCUAGAGCCACGUUACACUUUAGAGACUCAGCACUGCAUUCAGAGCCAGUUGCUUCCUGCCUACACCUACCAGGUCCAGAUGACAACGCACCAGGCCCUAGCCCAGGCUCAAGCUCUUAGUCUGAGUUUGGAUCUGUGGAGGAGAAGUCCUGGAGCCACAGCGGGGUACUUGGGUGUCACAUGCCACUUUCUUACAUCUGAUUGGCAGAUGCGUUCGGCCUUGCUGGCUUGUCUUCCUCUGACUGCAAGCAGCUCUGGAAAUCAUGUGCUGUCGAAGUUUAAAGAAGUUUGUCACUCUCACAGUAUUUUAAACAGAACCUUCCGUAUAAUCGCAGACCGCUCUCUCUCCACUGCAAACACCAAGCCAUGCUGUCUUCCUGGCUUUCUGUUGUCUCCUGGUCUCACUAAUGACAAUGAUGACGUAGAGGUGGACAAUGGCAACAGUGUGGAAAAAACAAUAAGGAAUGGCCACAGCGAUAGUAAUAACGGGACACUCGAUGGACAUUGGGAGGAGGCCUUGGAACAGGGACUGGAUAUCUUACAGGUCAGCUGUUUUGCUCACAACUUGGACCAGUGCGUCAGGGACGGGUUACAUUCCUGUCCUCAAAUCUCGUCUACACUGGCUAAAGCUGCGGGUUUUUAUAAUUACAUUACCAAGGCUGUUCCUCCCGAGAAACUGGGUCAAGUGUUUGACAGAUCUGGAAUUACAAGAGGUGACACAGAACCUGGUCACCCUGGACCCAAGGAUUGGGCUUCCCAGCUGAAGGUGCUCAACCGGCUUCUGGACUCAAUAGAAUUACUGGAGGAGAUGAGUAGUCAAGGGGAGGUGUCGCUGACUGUGUCAGAGAAAGCCCUUCUGAAGGAGCUAACAGACACUCUGGAGCCUUUCACUGAGGCCUGGGACAUGAUGCAUUGGGACACACAGAAGGACGCUCAUGUGUCCAUCAGCCUCGUGAUGCCAUGUGUCCUGGGACUUCGAAAGCAUCUUUCUGAGACAGCCGCACUGCACUGCUCCUCCCUGGUGCUGGCCCUCAGCCACGCCGUGGAGCGUCGACUGUCCUCCAUCCUGGAGGAUCCGCUCUACAUCAUUGCCACCACACUGGAUCCCCAGUUCAAACUCACCUGGAGCAGCAACCCAGACUGGCACACACAGGUACUCCUCCAGGAAAUAUCAAAAUAUUCCACAGGUCAAACCACAGACCUUCAGCCCCAGUCACAGACUCCUCGUGGUGCCACACUGUCACCUGCCUCCACACUGGCUCGCCCCUGCAAGCUCUUCUCCUUCAUUAAACAAAGGCCUGCAUCACAGGCCAAGAGUCUGGAGCAGGAACUGACUGUCUAUCUACAGGAGGAACCCACAGAUGAGGAGGCCUUGCACUACUGGCAGCGUAAAGACAUUGACUUUCCCCUUCUUGCCCAAGUAGCCAAAAAUAUUUUCACUGUUCCCGCCUGUGAAACAGUGGUACGGAAUGUUUACGCCAUGGCUGAGCGUCAGCUGCUGCCAGAAAGAGGCCAUAUUCUUCCAAAAAACCUGGAGACACUCAUUUACCUCAAAGCAAACUCCAGAUCCUUGUGGACAUAGAACUGAUUGAACUCCUCAGGAUCUCAGAACAUUGUAGCCUCAGUGGUUUCCCCUCAGAGACCAGUUGCCACCCCGUGGUAAAAUCAUUUCAGCACCUUAGACACGUCAUCCUACAUCCGUACAAUGUUUUCCUUUUAUAGCUGAUUCUUCAGAUAAUGUUUUCCUCAGACAUUAUUUAAUUUAAUUAAUUUCUGUUCGAAUUAAUUAAUGAAAUAUAACGAAAACAAAGAACUGAUUACUGACUAAUCUCCCGUCAUCAUUAGAUCAUCAUCAUCAUUAGAAAAAAUACAGCAUAUGAUUCUUCAAGAAAUUAUGUGUUGUUCUUUUUUGUCUUGACAAUGACAUUAAAGACUGGCCCUAACAUCAGCAGUACAGAGAACAUUGUUCUGCUGAAAAAAUAAUUAAGUUUCAAUAAAACAAAUUACAUAUAUACUCUGAAAAAAUAGCAUAACUAGACAUCAGGAGAAAAAAGUAAAAAACCAAGUAAAUAACACUAAUAUGUAGUGCACAUUCUGAAUCGAUUAAAAUAUAAAAACAAUGGCCAAAAAUAUAUGUGCUGAAACAUUCAUAACAUGUAUUCAACAAUUUGACCAACUAUAUUUCACAAAUUCCAGUCAGUAACUUAAUCCAAGAUGAAUAUUUUUUAGCAAGGUUUUCUUGCAGAGGGAAAAGCAGAGGGAAAGGACUCAAAGGACGCCAAUUCAGGUAAAGAUGUAUUUAUUUUAAAUCAAUUUCACUCCACGGUGGUGGUGGUUAUCACUUUUGGUGCCUUGUUGUAACAGUAUAGGGUGGUCAGGUAAUGACCUCUCUGUGUUUGGGGUCAUUGAGGCAGACAUUUGCAGACCUGGAAAAGCUAUUCCAGGUGAAGACUAGACUCUUAAUUGCUAAGGGCUUUUAUGUAAGGAAGACUGGGGCUGGGUGGAGUUUCUUUGGAGACAUUCUUCUCUCUUCAUCUUUUCCUUUUGGCUCUGUCCCUAUUUUCCGGGGUUGCUGCAGCGAAUCAUUGUUUUCCAUCUCUCCCUGUUCUCUGCAUCUUCUACUCUGACUCCAACUAUCUGCAUCUCCUCUUUGGUCUUCCUCUUUUUCUCCUACCUGGUAGCUCCCUGGUUUUGUUACUUUUCCUUGUGUUUCUGUGUUACUUUUUUUGUUAUUAGAUGGCGAGGUGACGAUGAAGGAAUCUCCACUGACACCGUCCGUUUAAUGUAUAAAAAAUAAUAAAUGUGUAUAUAUAUACUUUAUAUCUUUUGAUAUAUAUACUCACAAUAUUCAAUUAUUUGCACAGCCUUAGUCUCAACAGCAUCAUACCUAGAUAGACGGACAGACAAAUAGAUUGAUAGAAACUUUAUCAGUUCCUCGGGAGAUCCCUUUAGGAAAUUAAGGCUGUGUCUCUUUGCUAGCUGGCUAACUGGCUCCCAUUAGAGGCUCUUCAAUACUUCAGCUUGUCAAAACUACACUAAAGCAUUGCACUAAAAAUAACUAACUAAUUUUGGGCACCAGUUUGAGCAAUGUUUCAAUGGGAGCUGUUUUUGUUCUGCUUGUGUUUCCCCAGCAUUUAAACGGGAAGCCACAAAAGUGGUGUUGAAUAUCAAAAUAGCCUGGUUACUCCACAUGCAUAGCAGUGUUAAUAAUAACCUGCCUGCUGACACUUGGACUCUGUUGGAGUAGUGUCAGAGGGCCUUUUAUUUCAGUGUGUCAAUGUUUAUUUAAUAUCCCAAAAUCAAGAGGAAAAUGUAUUCUUUUUAAAAAAAAAAAAAAA